AUGGUCAUCACACAAAACUACUCGGAAAGAAAUAUGUCCGCUCGGCCCUCUGCCCGACCGCGUCGCAUUGAUGAUGCCCUCUCCCAGCUUGUCGAUUCCCUCACUCCCCCGCUCUCUCUAUCUGCCCUAGGAGACGACUACCCUGAUGACACGGAAGACGCACUCACCGCCGCCGAAGAACAACGCCAUCAGCGACUGCUCGAGCGCGCGUGGCGCACCCUCGAUCUCCACACGCAUUCGAAUGACCCAACCUCGCCCAGCGGCCCCGCCGCCUACGGGAUCACGCGCCGGGGGAGUCUGGCCGGUGGAGAGAAUAUCAACAACGCGUCAGAUCUGAUCAAACGGAAAUUACUCAAAGAGAAUGCCAGUCCCGACAAGGCCGUCCGGUUCUCGAACCUCUACUCGCGUCUGUUGACCCAGCCCGUGUUGUCGCAGAAAUGGGCCAUCCUGUACUUGCUCUAUCGGCUAUCUACACCAGAAGACCACGACGGAAAUAUGGAUUAUGACGACGGACGGAGUCGGAGUCCACCAGUCGAGCCGGCAAACCUGCAGAAUAUGCUACGGAAGGGUCCCACGCGGCAAGGGAGGCCGUUGGAGAACGAUGAUGAUGACGGUCCUGCGAUUAGUUCAUCUGCGUCGCAGAUCCCGGCGCGUCUAGAACGGAAGGCUUCAAUGCGUCGGCAGGAGUUGGAAAGGGAGAAGGACGUGGAGUUUGGGGCCCGUGAAACCAGACCAGCCCGUCUUCCGCCGGACGCCCCUCGUGGUGAGGAACCGGCGCCAACUCCCCAACCACAGUCUGUACAGGACGGCCCGAGAUUUCGACCGCCUGAACAUACCCUCUUGCGAGAUCUUCCUUUCAAUCUGCAGGGUUUGUCGUCCUCUAACCUUGAAUUCACCUCAUCGUCGACUCUGAAAUUACCCCCGUCGUUGCCCAUUCCUUUGGUAUCCAUCUUGAAUGCUCUUGCCGAGCCGUGUUUACUGUAUAGAGGCUUAUCCACGUUUGUUGAGAGCUCCAGUGGAGGGCUUCUCAAUCAGAGCUUGCGAGCGGCCCUCUCCAAUGAGCUGCGGUCUUAUCUUGGGCUAGUUGCGACGUUGGAGGGAGAGAUCCGCCGGGCAUUGACAGCUUCCGGGGACCUCAGUGAUCCCAGCAAUUCAUCUAAGGCUGGCGUCACCUUGAAACGAUGUGUGGUAUGGACGAGAGAUGCGACCAUGGCCUUGCGGCUGAUGAGCCUGAUUGUUGAAGAAGCUCAGAACAAAAAAGGUGGCCAGUUGAUUUCGUUAAUUCAUGGGUUUUCCACAUCCCAUGGCGACCCGUUCGUUUGCGCCUUCGCUGAGAAACUUCUUACACACAUCACGCGGCCAUUUUACGAUAUGCUUCGACUAUGGAUCUAUGAUGGCGAGCUCUCGGACCCGUACAAGGAGUUUUUUGUUGUCGAGCCGGAGUUCAGACCAAGUACCGAUCCAAGGCGCAUCGCUACUAGCGUUUGGGAGGAUAAGUACAAGUUGGAUGAUGGCAUGGUGCCGUCCAUCAUUACACAAGACUUUGCAAAGAAAGUGUUUCUCAUUGGGAAGUCUUUGAACUUCAUUCGAUACGGCUGCGGAGACUCGGGUUGGGUUGAAGCCUACUCGAAGGAAGCCUCUAAGGAGCUGCGGUAUGGCGAUACGGCAAGCCUGGAGGACUCGAUCGACGAGGCUUACAAGACGACAAUGGCUCGUCUGAUCUACCUCAUGGACGACAAGUUCAAGUUGUUCGACCAUCUUCGUGCACUGAAGAAAUAUCUUCUCCUGGGACAGGGUGAUUUUAUCGCCUUGCUGAUGGAGUCGCUGGCUUCGAACCUCGACCGUCCGGCGAACUCCCAGUACAGACAUACGCUCACCGCUCAAUUAGAACAUGCCAUCCGUGCAUCGAAUGCGCAGUAUGACUCCCCUGAUGUUCUUCGCCGGUUGGAUGCCCGGAUGCUGGAGCUUAGCCACGGCGAAAUCGGCUGGGAUUGCUUUACCCUGGAGUACAAGAUAGACGCACCGGUAGACGUGGUCAUCACUCCAUGGGGGUCGACUCAGUAUCUGAAGGUUUUUAACUUCCUCUGGCGAGUCAAGCGCGUCGAGUUCGCUCUGGGCAGCAUCUGGCGACGAUGCAUGACAGGUGCCCGUGGAGUACUAGGAAGCGUCAACGACAAAGUCGGGGCUGACUGGAAACGCGCGCGAUGCGUUAUUGCCGAGAUGAUCCACUUCGUCUGCCAAUUGCAAUACUACAUUCUCUUCGAAGUGAUCGAAGCAAGCUGGGACCAGCUACAAGCCUCGAUCUCCAAGCCAGGGUGUACGCUGGACGAUCUGAUCGAAGCACACACCAAAUACCUCAACUCCAUCACGCAUAAAGGCCUCCUGGGCUCCACCACAUCGAAGCAUUCAUCGUCCAGCAAACAACCCGAGGAGGGCUUCCUGACGCAGUUGCACCAGAUCCUUAAAAUUAUGCUCGCCUACAAGGACGCCGUCGACGGACUCUACUCAUUCUCGGUCGCCGAGUUUACUCGACGACAAGAGCUCAGCGCGAAGAUCGAAACGCGCACAGCACAAGGUCGCUGGGGCAUCACUGAACGCGAUCUCCUCGCCUCUCGACGCGCAGGGUCAUCCAUGUCCGCGUCCCUGAGCAACACGCCGCAGAUUGGCGCCCUUGUUGACGACGUAGAUACUCCGUCCUCCGACGCGCGCAUUGAUCUGUCUGCAGACGACCACAUGCUGGAAUCCCUCCGUGUGCGCCUCCGGGAUCUUUCGGCGGAGUUCCGCUCGCGGCUCAACAUCCUGCUUGGAGACCUCGCAUACCAGCCUGACGUGGAUAUGCGCUUCCUUGGCGUGGUCAUGAACUUCAAUGACGUCUACGAGCCCGUCCGCCGACGGCGAACAGCAGGGUCCAGCUCGAGAGACAAGGAGCGCGCGAGACGGAAAGCCGCCGCGGCAGCAUCUGGCGGCAACGCGGAGGCCAGCAGCUCCAAAGAGGCAAGGAAAGAGAAGAAAGAGCCAGCUGAGGCAGCGGGGACAGGCAACGCAGGUGCACAUGGAUCAUAA